AUGGCCUCGCUCUUACUUGGAAAGGUCGCGAUUCCAGCCAACCAUUUUGACGGUCAUAAGAGUAGAUCGAUCGCAACGACGAAUCGUUCCGUAUAUGGGGCCCUUUAUCGUGUGAAGCGAUCAUCCCCUGACAAGGGGAAUGCAGUAGAGGUACGCGUAGCUACUAGUAUUUCUAAAGCAAUCCAGGGAAUCCGAGUAUUGAUAAAGCAACAGCAGCAACAUUUUGGUGUUGUUCAACAAGAAAAGCUGUUUGAAAAUCAAAUGGAUGACCCUGAGAUUAAAAUAAAAGUACUAUGCCUUGGACCAAAAGGUUCGGGGAAAACUACGCUACUGAAAAAGUUGCAGGGUGCUGAAGGAAUCGACAACACAUACAGCCCAGUGCCUACUAUUGGCACAAACAUUUACGACAUUCACUAUUUAAACAAACAUGGGAAGAAACAGACAGUCACCGUGAGAGAAGUCGGCGGGGAGAUGGCACCUCUUUGGAGUAACUACUUGGAUGGAAUUAAAAAGGUAGGAUAUUGCCCCAUAAAGCCCCCUAUCCACGACCCUGACCCUCAGCUAACCUGGUUAAAAUUGUCUUCAGGUUAUCUUUGUGGUGGACACUUCCAACUUAUGUCAGAUAUCUGCAGCAGCAGUUUUGUUCUAUACAUUACUCGCAGAGCCCCGGCUGAAGAAAUCCAAGGCCCUGGGCAUAUUAGGAUAAUGGGGCCCCUACGAUCUCCGUUUGCUGAUUUAACGGGAACUAGAGACUUUGUAUUUGAUCUGAGGGGGGCCCCUAUCGAUCGCGGGGCCCUGGGCACUUGCCCAAAGUGCCUACAGGGAAAGAGGGCUCUGAUCGUAGAGCAGUGGUAA